CACCGCUUCUCAUAAUUAUUCAGCAAGGAGGCAGCGGCAAUAGGGAACUGGCUGCUUCUGGUUCCAAGGCACACAUAAACACAAAGCGCAGCCGGAGACAAGGAAAACACAAAAGAGGCUCUCUCUCUCACGUGUAAAACCCAGGACUAACGGAGUCAGACGUACUAGAAGAGGAUCUUGGACGGCAUGCAAAGUUGCGAAAUAUCUUCAGACAGCACUGAUGACCCUCUUAGUGGCAUACGACGACAUCGACAACCACGAAUAGUAGUGAUUGGAGCUGGUUUGGCCGGCCUCGCAGCCACCAAAACCCUCUUGGAGAGCGGCUUCACCAAUGUCACCGUCCUAGAGGCAUCUGACCGCAUUGGGGGCAGAGUGCAAAGUAUACAGCACGGCAACGCAAUUCUAGAGCUCGGAGCCACUUGGAUUCAUGGCGCCAAUGGCAACCCAGUCUUUCACCUGGCAGAGGACAGCGGCCUGCUGGAGCACACCACUGAUGAGGAGAGGAGUGUGGGCCGCAUCAGCCUCUACGCCAAGAACGGAGUCGCCCACUAUCAGACCAACUGUGGCAAGAGGAUUCCCAAGGACUUGGUCGAGGAGUUCAGUGACCUUUACAAUGAGGUGUACGAGCUGACUCAGGAAUUCUUCCAGAAUGGGAAGCCUGUUGGAGCAGAGAGUCAGAACAGCGUGGGGAUCUUCACGCGUGAUGUGGUGCGGAGAAAGAUCAUGCUGGAUCCUGACGACUCCGGAAACACGAAGAAGCUCAAACUUUCCAUGCUACAACAGUACCUCAAGGUGGAAAGCUGUGAAAGCAGCUCCCCCAGUAUGGACGAGGUUUCCCUCAGUGAGUUUGGCGAGUGGACGGAGAUCCCGGGGGCCCACCACGUCAUCCCUGGGGGCUUCAUGCAGGUGGUGGAGCUCCUAGCCCAGGACAUUCCAGCCCGCGUGGUGCACCGCGGCAAACCCGUCCGUCGCAUCCACUGGAACUACACCUUCCAGCAAGCCGAAGAGAUCUCCCAGGGCGAGCACGAGCAGGACCACAACCGGGACUGCUGGGCCUCGCAGGCUCCCGCACACGUGGAGUGCGAGGACGGCGAGCGCCUCCCUGCCGACCAUGUCAUCGUCACGGCCUCGCUGGGGGUGCUGAAGAAGAGCCACAAGACGCUGUUCUCGCCAGGGCUGCCCCGCGACAAGGUGCAUGCCAUCGACAAGCUGGGCAUCAGCACCACAGAUAAGAUCUUCCUGGAGUUUGAUGAGCCGUUCUGGAGCCCAGACUGCAAUAGCAUCCAGUUUGUGUGGGAGGACGAGGCGCAGCUGGAGCAGCUGGCCUAUCCACAGGAGCUUUGGUACCGCAAGAUCUGCAGCUUCGAUGUGCUGUACCCACCCGAGCGCUACGGUUACAUGCUGAGCGGCUGGAUCUGCGGCGAGGAGGCGUUGAUCAUGGAACGCUGUGAUGACGAAACUGUGGCGGCAACCUGCACUGAGCUGCUGCGGAUGUUCACAGGGAACCCAAACAUUCCAAAGCCGCGGAGAAUCCUGCGUUCUUCUUGGGGCAACAACCCCUACAUCAGGGGCUCGUACUCCUUCACCCGGGUCGGCUCAAGCGGUGGAGAUGUGGAGACACUGGCCACACCCCUGCCUUACGCCAAGAGCACCAAGGCUCCGCCAUUGCAGGUGCUGUUUGCUGGUGAAGCCACGCACAGGAAAUACUAUUCCACUACCCAUGGUGCUUUGCUGUCAGGCCAGAGAGAAGCCUCUCGUCUGAUUGAACUGUACCAAGACUUAUACAAUGCAGAAACCACAAAGCCUAAUAUGUAAAACGAACCACUGACUAGUGAAACUACCUUUCUGUGUUUUUAUGCGUUCUGUAUUAAAAUUACUUAAAUUACAUAUAUAUAAAAAAUAUAUAUGUAUGUAUUAAAAACUGUAGGGGCAUUAAUCAUGGGGGCAUCAUGUUUUAAUUGUAUGUAGAUUUUAGCUCUGUAGAUUUAACUUGAGAUAUACAUGAAGAAGCUGCCAAUUUGCUGUUAUGUUGUUUUUAGCAUAUUUUUAAAUCAAGACGUUGAUAUGUUUAUAACACAUCUUUGAUUUAACUUUUUUGUAAGUGCCUUCUGUAUUAAGCAUAAUGUCAAUGAAUUCAAGCAACGACAAAAAUGUAAUUGUAUAUGACUGAGAAGUUGUUUUUGUGUUUAUCAUUUUCUUGUCUGUCUUCUACCAUAACAUAGAUCUCAUUUUUUGAAAUGUACUACAAAUUAAUUAACUUACAUGAGUCCAUUUGUACGUGCUACAAAGUAUUAAAAUAUUUUG